AUGCUCGGCUUCAUCGCGCGCGCGAUCGCGUCCUUCACGUCGCUGAUUGCGUGCGCUUGCUACGGCCUGUUUGCGUCGAUCGGGCUGCGCUUGGUUGGCUAUGGCGGCUUGAGCCAGUGGACUGUUGCGCGCAGCUUCAAGUGGGUCAUGUGGGCGACUACGGGCGUUACGUUCCAGGUUGUCGAGGGCGAGAAAUACCUCUUGGAGAGGCCGGCGGUGUUUAUUGGGAAUCAUCAGACCGAACUCGACGUCCUGAUGCUCGGCUGCAUCUUCCCCAAAUACUGCAGCGUCACGGCCAAAAAGAGCCUGAAAUACGUCCCCUUCCUCGGCUGGUUUAUGGCUCUAUCCAAGUCCGUCUUCAUCGACCGCGCCAACCGCGCCACCGCGCGCGCUGCCUUUGACGGCGCUGCCUCGUACAUGACUCACAACAAGCAGAGCGUGUACAUCUUCCCCGAGGGCACGCGCUCCUACACCGAGCAACCGGAGCUGCUGCCCUUCAAGAAGGGCGCCUUCCACCUCGCGGUCCAGGCGCAGGUCCCCAUCGUGCCCAUUGUCGUUGCGAACUACAGCAACGUGCUGAACAUCAAGCGCAAGAUCUUCCGCAGCGGCACCGUGCCCGUCAAGGUUCUUCCUCCGAUCAAGACCGAGGGCCUCACGGCCGCGGACGUCGACCGCCUCACCACCGAGACCCGCGAGGCCAUGCUCAAGACGUUGCAGGGCCUGGCGCAGAGCGAGGGCCGCGCGAUCGCCAUGCAGUCCUCCUCGACCGAGUCGCACCCUGCCGUCAAGAAGGAGCUGUAA